AUGAAGGGCCUCGCCAAAGCCAUGAAGCGCACGCCGCAUCUGAUGACCUCGCGCAUCGGUAUGGCGGCCAAAUCCUCCGAUUCCGCGUUCGACUCGCUCAACAUGCGCUUCACCUCGCUCGAGAAGCUCACCGAGAAGCUCCUGAAAGACGCAUCGUCCUUCCGUGAUGCUGUCAAGAACAUGCUGCUCUCCGGCUCGAACUUUGGUCGUCAUUUCGAUACGCUCUUCCAGCCGCUAGGAUCGGAGUACGACCUGGAGCGCAAGCAUCCCAAUGCGCAAGCGACCAUGACCAACCUCGCCCACUACGGGCAGCUGAUGGAUGAGCUCAAGGACACUCUGACGCCCGAGAUCGAGCUGAUCGAAUCGCGCGUCAUCUCGCCCACCAAGGAUUUUCAGACCAUCAUCAAGGCCAUUCGCAAAAACAUCACCAAGCGCGAUCACAAGCUCGUCGAUUUCGACCGUCACAACAACUCGUACUCCAAGCUCAAGGACAAAAAGGAGAAAUCGCUCAAGGACGAGCAGAACCUCUUCAAGGUCGAACAGGACUACGAAACCGCCGCCGCCGACUACGAGUACUACAACAACGCACUCAAAGAGGAACUUCCAAGGUUCUUCGAGUUGGCCAGCGCCUUCAUGACCCCCCUCUUCCACAGCUUUUACUACAUGCAGCUGAAUGUCUUUUACUUGACGAUGGAAAGGCUGCAGAGCUUUGCAGAGGGCAAGUACGACCUGACGAACAACUCGAUUGCCGUGGUGGAGAAUACGUACAUGGCGCAGUUGACGGAUGCCAGUGAACGGUUGGAGAACCUGAGCAUUCGCCGGGGUGCCAUGCCGAGUGCGAAGAUUCUCGCGCAGAACCGGGCGAGCAGUGGAUCUGGAGGGUUGAGCCCGAGCGGGUCAAGGAUCGGCGGGUUGGCAGGUGGUGCACCGAGUCGGUCCGGAUCGAUCCUCAGCACCGGUUCAGCAGGUCACACUGCUCCACCCGCCUACUCAACCGGUGCGGCGACGGGUAGCGCUGUAGCCAAGAGAGCUCCCCCACCCCCACCCGGGAAAAAACCCGCACCCGCAAAAACCUACGUCGUCGCCCUGUACGAUUACACCGCCCAGGCAGACGGCGACCUCACCUUCCGCGCAGGCGACCGCAUCGAGGUCGUCGAGCGAACCGCGUCGACCGACGACUGGUGGACCGGUAUCGUGGGCGGUCAUCAGGGCGUCUUUCCCGGAAACUACGUUCGAGAUGAGUAG